AUGGCUCCUGCCGCCGCCAUUGCUCCCUCGCCCGCCUUCCGCCUCUCCGCCAUCGCUUCUCUUUCCGCGCGGUUCCGCGCCUCUUCCCCACUUGCCGCCAUCCCCGCUGCAAGCUCCGCUGGAGUUCAGCGCCGCAAUGCCGCAAAGAGCGUUUUCGCAACGGUAGGCGACGCCGCGUCGCCAAUGGAAGUGCGACGAGGAGGCCCUCCGUCGUCGCCGUCGUUGUCGUCAGCGAGCGACGCGCGUCGCAUCCCGCGGGGAAUUGCGGCUCGUGCCGCACAGCACUCCGUCGUCGCGGCGACGGCGGCGGCGGGGGAUGCGGCGAGCCUCCCCGAGGCGCUGCUGUUCGACUGCGACGGCGUGCUGGUUGACACGGAGAGGGACGGCCAUCGCGUGUCGUUCAACCAGGCGUUCGAGGAGGAAAUGGGAGCGAGCGGGCGUGAGCCGUUUGCUCCGUGGGGAGCUGCACUCCGUGGGGAGCUGCUCUCCGUGGGGAGCUGCUCUCCGUGGGGAGCUGCUCUCCGUGGGGAGCUGCUCUCCGUGGGGAGCUGCUCUCCGUGGGGAGCUGCUCUCCGUGGGGAGCUGCUCUCCGUGGGGAGCUGCUCUCCGUGGGGAGCUGCUCUCCGUGGGGAGCUGCUCUCCGUGGGGAGCUGCUCUCCGUGCGGAGCUGCUCUCCGUGGGGAGGUGCUCUGCUCUCCGUGGGGAGGUGCUCUCCGUGGGGAGAAAGGGCUGGGAGUGACGUGGGACGUGCCGCUGUAUGGCGAGCUGCUCAAUGCUGCUCUCUCCUCAUUCUCUCUCCCCUCUGCCACGCUGCUCUGCUCUGCUCUGCUGUGCUCUGCUCUGCUGUGCUCUGCUCUGCUCUGCUCUGCUGUGCUGCGCUGGCUCGUGCUCGCAGAAAGGGCUGGGAGUGACGUGGGACGUGCCACUCUAUGGCGAGCUGCUCAAGAUUGGAGGCGGCAAGGAGCGGCAGCCCCCACGGACCCCGCAGAGCAAGCAGCCUUCGUGGCGGGGCUGCACAAAAGCAAGACAGCACAUUUCAAUGCCCACUUGCAUCCCCCUUUCUCCCCCCCUAUCUUCCAUCUCACCCUCGCUUCCCUUCCCAGAAUGACCCACUACUUCAAUCAAGUGGGCUGGCCACAAGCAGCGCCCAUCGACCCUUCAGAGCGAGCAGCUUUCGUGGCAGGGCUCCACAAGAGCAAGACGGCACUCUUCAUGCAGCUUGUGGAAACGGGUGCUUUGCCCCUGCGACCAGGCGUGGCACGAGCAAGACAGCGCUCUUCAUGCAGCUCGUGGAGACGGGUGCCCUGCCCCUGCGACCGGGCGUUGCACGACGGCGCUCUUCAUGCAGCUCGUGGAGACGGGUGUGCUGCCGCUGCGACCAGGCGUGGCACGCUCGUGGAGACGGGAGUGCUGCCCCUGCAGCCAGGCGUGGUGCGGUGGCAGUGUGCAGGUGGCAGCGUGCAGCACAUUCUGCCAACGAGCUGGGGCAAUGGGGCGAAGCUGGUGGGGGCGAUCGUGAGAGUCAUUCUGGGCUCUGAGCUGAUCGAUGAGGCACUGGCAGCGGGUGUCCGGGUGGCAGUGUGCAGCACGUCCAAUGAGAAGGCGGUGGGAGCGAUUGCACUGGCAGCGGGUGUCCGGGUGGCGGUGUGCAGCACGUCGAAUGAGAAGGCGGUGGGGGCAAUUGUGAGAGUCAUGCUGGGGGAGGAGAGGGCGCAGCACAUGCGGAUAUUCGCCGGGGAUGUGGUUCCUAAGAAGAAACCCGAUCCGGGCGAGGAGAGGGGCUUCAGCAUGCACAUGCGGAUAUUCGCCCGGGAUGUGGUUCCUAAGAAGAAGCCCGACCCGGCCAUCUACAACCUAGCUGCCACCACUCUCAGCCUCAACCCUGCACGCUGUGUGGUCAUAGAGGACAGUCACAUCGGCCUCACGGCUGCCAAGGCGGCCGGAAUGACCUGUGUCCUACACGGCGGACGAGGACUUUUCAGCGAUGCGUGUUUGACGCCAUUGGUGACUCAUAUGACUCGCACCCUGUGCUCCUGUUCUGCUGUUUCACCUACCCACCUUCCCCACCUGCCCCCCCUCCCCCUCCUUCGCCCCUCUCCCACCAGCUACACGGAAGACGAGGACUUCUCAGCAGCCGAUGCCGUGUUUGACGCCAUUGGUGACACUCCAGCUGACGGCUUUGACCUUCCAUUCCUCGCCUCGCUGCUGUGA